AUGUUGAAUUUAUAAAAAGGAUAUAAAAUCAAAAUCUUGAAAAUCAUUUAACUUAUAAUAAUAUUAAAUAUGACCUUCUUAUAUUGUUAUUAGAUAAAGUAAUUAAAAGAAUUAUAUGUGAUAAGAGACAAAAAAUAAAAGCAAACUAUAAAAGAAGAACAAAUGAUGAAAUCUAAUGAUUAGAAAAUAUAACUAGAUGAAAUUAUAAAGGACUUUCAAAUAAUAAAGUUUGAAUAUAAGUUAAAAACAAAAAAUAAAAAUUUACCUUCCACAUAAAUAUAUAGAAUUAAAAUAGUCCUAUUUUAAACUACAAUGAAACUUAAUAGCAAAUCACAUAUCAAAAGCUAAACUUACAAAGUUGGUUUACUAGAUUUCCUUUCUAAAUAACUUAAUCAUAACCAUUAGCAACUUAAUCAUAUAUUCAAAAAUAACUAAUGA